UCGUCCAUGGCAGUUCAUAUCCAUCGUGCAAAGUGAAACGACGUAUUCCCUCCUGGAUGUGUGUGGCCUCGUGAAACAGUGUCGUUAGCGUCGUUGAAGUAAAAGACGUGUGUCACACGACCCAGAGAGCGGGUUAUUUUAUUCACCCUAGCAUUCCCAAUUGAAAACAUUCCAAACACCCCCAAGUGAUAAACCAUCCCUCGUACCACUUGAAAUGCCCCCCAGAUUGAUCUCCAGGUGUGCAAUCCCUGUGUCUACAAAAUCCACGAGUCGAUAAAAUGACAUCAUUUAAUCGUUCACACUGUCGCCCAGACGACGAGAUACCCUCGUCCCCAGUCCAAUCACACGAACUCCAAUAAAAAAAUUCAAUCAAUCAUCUCACCCCCAAAACUCAAUCCCAGAGUAUAAAUAAAUCAAUGAGUUUAUGAGAAAAAAUAAAGAAUAAUCAAAGUGAAGAUUAAACUUGUGCAUAACCUAGGUUUCGUUCAGCUGGUGAUUUUUUUUGUCUUCGUCGUGAGAAAAGGAACAUGAAGAUUGUGUCAAUUAACUGAACAAAUUGACAGUGUUUACGGAGGCAUUAGAACAAUCGACGGGAUAUUGCCAUUUGGAUUUUUUACAUUUGUGACUGUGUAUUUUGUUUAUUUAUUUUCAUUGAUAAAUAUUAUUGGAGGUGAGGUGUAUUUGAUCGGUGAGAAUUGGAUGAUGGAGAAGGGUGAGGAACAGGCAGCCAGUGUCGUCGAUAUUGACGACCAGGGUGAACUCAAGAAGAGUGAUGACGAGGCUGAGGGCACUGAGGAGCAUUAUGGGUGUACGCAUUACAAGAGAAAAUCCAAAUUUGUGACACCUUGUUGUAACAAGGUAUACACGUGCAGAUUCUGUCAUGAUGAGCUGGAGACUCAUACUGUGAAUCGUAAAGAAGUAACCGAGCUAAUUUGUGUACUCUGCGACACUCGUCAGCCUGUCCAAGCCACUUGUCAAAAUUGCCAUUGUCGAUUUGGCAAAUACACUUGCCUAGAGUGUAAUUUAUUCGAUGACGAGGAUAAGAAUCAGUAUCACUGCGACGGAUGUGGAAUUUGUAGGGUCGGGGGUAAGGACAGAUUUUUUCAUUGCGCCAAGUGCAACAUGUGCCUGCCAGUUCAGCUACAAAAUGGUCACAAGUGCGUGGAAAACGUAUCCCAUGCCAAUUGCCCAGUGUGUCUAGAGGACAUUCACACGAGUCGCAUACCCUGUCACAUUCCGGACUGCGGGCAUUUGCUUCAUCGUACCUGUUUCGAAGAGCUGUUACAUUCCGGACAUUAUGCCUGUCCCACUUGUCAAGUAUCAUUACUAGAUAUGACUGCUUUAUGGAGAUUUCUGGAUGAUGAAGUCAAUCUUACACCAAUGCCACCAGAGUACAAGGAUUAUAAAGCUGACAUUUUGUGCAAGGAUUGCCACGAAGAAUCUACUGUUAAAUUUCAUGUUGUUGGACUCAAAUGUCUCAACUGUGGCAGCUACAACACCUGUAGGAUCAAAGGCUCCCCAUGUCCUGAUCCAGAUGCACCGGACGGAGCUGCAGGUGGCAGUGGAGCUGGGGAUCAAGAACCAUCCCCAGAGGACGGAUCUCAAUAGAUUUACGCAACAUUUUGAUCCCCUCGCAAUCCGAAAGUCGUGGCAAUUAUUGAGAGCUUGGUACUGAAUUAAAAAGAAAAUUAAAAAUAGAUAAAGCGAUAAACUGGGGAAGUGCUCGUUAUCUGAGUUUGACUUUUAGCAAAUUUUUUAAUUCAUUUUUCUGCUAUGGAAGAUGUUGAAUGGCGCAUAAUCAUGGAAUAUGUGAUGAGACGCAUAAUAAUUACAACAUCUACCUGUAGACAGUGUCUUUGUUGAUUUUUCCCUCUGUAUUUUAUAGAAAUAUUACCAUUGAGCGGUCGCAAAUGAAAAUAAUUGUUUUAAAAUAUUUUUUUGAUUGUUGUUCGACUCAAAUAGUUGAAUUUCUCGUGUAGUGAUAGUUUUUACGGCAUUCCAAGCGAGACAAAGUAAUAAUAAAGAUAAAAUCAAUCAAAGCAUUUUAAUUCGAUUGCGAAGCCAUGAAACUACUUCAUUAUUCGGAAAUCUUGGUAAUGAAUGACUGAGAAACAAAUCCUCCUGAUACGUUCUUCUCAAUUCCUUAAUUCAUCCGAAAAUCUUGUUUGAUUGAGAUUUCUAUAAAAUUAUCGUUUUGAUUUUUGCUGCUCAGGAAAAUCCUAAUAAAAAGUAUUAUUGUCGUCGUUUUAUAAAUCGAAUGAGUAUCCAAAUAAUUGCAUAAUAGAUAACAGACGAGUCGUUGAAAUUUCUCGACAGCUCUACCAGUCUUGUAAUAUUCCAGGAAUAAACCAGUGAAGUCUCCUUUUUAUUGAAA